AUGGGCCCAGCACAGAACGCCCAACGGCCGUUGUCGAAUCGGCCCAAAUCGCCAACGGCGGAUGGCCCGGGCCCCGGCUCGGACGACUCCACCCUGUCCCGCUCCAGCCAGCACUCGCCGCCCGCUGCCAUGCAUCGGACUCGGUCGCGAAACAGCAACGGCGUAUCCGACAAGUCCGCCGAUGCCGGCGAGGCGGCCGGUUCGCCGCCCCGGGACAAGCAUGCGUUCGAGGUCGACUGGGACGGAGGCGACAGCGAUCCCAUGUGCCCCCGGAGCUUCGGCUGGGGCCGCAAAUGGCUGAUUGUCAUCAUCGUCUCGCAUGCCAGCCUAUGCGUCACUUGUGCCAGCUCCAUUUACACGUCGACGUACGAGAAGAUGGAGGCCGAAUUCCACAACUCUAGGAUCGUCUCCGUGCUCGGCUUGUCUACCUUUGUCUUGGGCAUCAGCUUCGGGCCCAUGUUCCUCAGCCCGCUCAGCGAGUUCUACGGCCGGCGGCCCAUUUACCUCGUGGCUUGGACCACCUACCUUGUCUGGCUCAUCCCGCAGGCCGUGACCAAGCACGUUGCCGUCCUGCUCGUCUUCCGCUUCAUGGACGGCUUUGCCGGCAGUGCCUUUCUGGCCGUGUCGGGCGGCACCGUGGGCGAUUUGUUCGCAAAGGACGAGCUGCAUGCCCCAAUGGCUUUCUUCUCCAUGUCCCCCUUCAUUGGGCCCAGUCUCGGCCCCUUGGUAGGUGGCUUCAUCAACUACAACGUUGAUUGGCGCUGGACGUAUUACGUGCUCAUCAUCUGGACAUUCGCUCUUUGGGUCGCCAUCAUCUUCUUCGUUCCCGAAACGUACCACCCCAUCUUGUUGAGGAACAAAGCGCGCAGGCUCCGGGCGGAGACUGGAGACGACAGAUGGAUCGUCCCGGCCGACAUGGUCGAACGGUCGGUCACGCGCGCCGUUGGGCGCUCGCUGCUUCGCCCAUUUCAGCUCCUUAUCUUCGAGCCCAUGUGUCUCAACCUCUGCAUCUUCUCUGCGCUGCUUCUGGGCAUCCUCUAUCUCUUCUUCGGGGCCUUUCCCCUCGUCUUCGGCACCAACCACGGCUUCAACCUUGGCAGACGGGCCUGGCCUUCUUGGGCAUCAUGGCACGAGCGAGUGACCGGGGUUAAGGACGGCAGCGAGCCCGAGUUUCGACUCCCCCCCGCCAUUCUUGGUUCCCUCCUCGUCCCUGUCGGCCUGUUCAUGUUUGGCUGGUCAACGUAUCCGUGGGUGCAUUGGAUCGUUCCCAUCAUUGGAUCGGCCAUAUUUGGAACCGGCAACGUGUUGCUGUUCACCAGCAUCUUUACCUUUCUUGUCGACGCCUAUCCACUGUACGCCGCGAGCGCCCUCGCGGCCAACGCAUUCAUCCGCUGUCUCUUUGCCGCGGCAUUCCCACUGUUCGGCAACCAGAUGUACCAAAAGCUGGGCUACCAGUGGGCUUCGUCCCUGCUUGCAUUCCUGACCGUCGUCAUGCUCCCAUUCCCGUACAUUUUCUUCAGAUAUGGCAAGCGAAUUCGAGACAAGAGUCGGUUUGCCAAGAACUAA